CCGAAAAGCAGGGCUGGUACCUCGCUCGCUGGUCGCUUGAAAUGGCUGGUGCACGGACGUAGCAGUUCUUGUCGAAAUCUAUUGCUCAAAUUUGAAUUGGCUCGGUUCCGAUCAUGUCGUUCAACUUGGCCCACGACCGCGAUGUCCUCAACGGCAUGACGUACUAUGAAGUACUCAAGCUCGCCAAGAUGCACCACGUGCAGAGCACCAAGUACCGCAUGAGCAAGACGUAUAUGAUCAACGCGCUCUUGGGCAUGGACCCGAAGAGCAACGUCGACCGCCUCGACUGCGAAGACAAGAUUGCGGCGGCGCACGACUUUCGCCAAGUGCAGGACGAGGUCGAGGAGUACAUCUUCCAGCACGACCUCGGGUCGAGCGACGUGCUCUUGAUCUCGUGGAACAUUUCGUCCAUCAACCGCGUCGUCCAGGCGCUCAAGGUGAUGACCAACGCGGUGCCGCACUGGUGCAGCAUGAAGACGAUGGACCACGUGACGAACGAUCAGCUGCUCGACGAGCUCAUGGCGUACCUCUGCUUUGGCAUCGAGCGUGUCGGCCGCGUCAUGGUACUGCCGGAGACGCCCAUGGAGUGGCUCCUCUUGGGGCAGCGGCUUCGCGACAUCUCGUACGACCGAUUCAUGCAGGACUUUGCCCGCGUGCCCGGCGUCUUUCCGCUGGCGACGUUCACGCUGGUGCGCGCGGCGCACUACACGGCGCUUCCGAUGCUUCCUAUGCCAUUUGGUGCCAACAGCUUGUUUGAGUAAGCUGUUAUGAGUAGCAUGCUGCAAGCAUUAACCCUAAUCACUGACACUGGGUGGUAUUUCCACUUGCUCAUUUUGCC